AAAAAAAAAUUUUUACAAGCAUUUUGCAAUCCCCACUUUUGGCAACCAAGAAAAGGGCUCGAGGGGCGAUGAGGCCCGUGUCCGUUUCUUCCUCGUCCCACGCUUCUUUUCCAAGAUUUUGGGGGAAAUCUGGAGCUCUUAGGGUUUCUUCCGAGCUCGCUUGCGUCGAAGUGAAGAGGGUGUGUUAUAGACCUCCUGGAACCCAGCAUAGCCUAUUGAAUGAUGUCAGUUUAUCACUACCUUUAAAGAGUUUUGGCCUUGUAUUCGGAAGAAGUGGAAGUGGAAAGACCACACUUUUACAGAUUCUUGCUGGACUAUCCACACCUACGUCCGGGUCCAUUUGUGUUCAGCAGUAUGGAGAUGAUGGAAGUCCAAAACAACCACCUGAAACAUUAUUACCUGAAAGAGUUGGCAUUGUAUUUCAGUUUCCUGAGAGGUACUUUUUGGCAGACACAAUACUAGAGGAAGUCACUUUUGGGUGGCCAAGGCAAAAAGCAGACUUUUCAACAAGAGAGAAACUUGCCUCAAACCUUCAAUAUGCAUUUAGUGCGGUUGGUCUCCAUACAAUCUCCCUUGAAGAGAAUCCACAGUCGCUAAGUGGUGGUUUCAAGCGACGUCUUGCCUUAGCAAUUCAAUUGGUUCAAAAACCGGCUGUCCUGUUACUGGAUGAGCCUCUUGCUGGGCUUGAUUGGAAGGCUCGCGCUGAUGUUUUAAAGCUGUUGAAGCAUCUAAAGAAGGAACUUACUAUACUUGCUGUUAGUCAUGAUCUAAAGGAGCUUUCAGCUUUGGUGGAUGUCUCAUGGAGAAUGGAAAUGGGAGGGAUACUGAAGGAAGAAAGGUUACCAGUCUAAUGUAAGAAUCCUCUUUACAAAGGCUCACCACUGCAAUUAUCAUAACAAGCGUAGUUUUUGGUGAAUGAGCUCAAAGAAGUUAUUAGAGCUUUGGUGAAUCUCAGCAUAGCCAUGAAAUAAUGCUCCUCUUUAUUCUUGCUUAGGUUUUAUUUCGUAUAAUGAUAUUGAUAUUAUAUUUUAAUUGUUCUAUAUGAAAUAAAAUAAUUAAUUUUCUAUGUAAAAGGAUGAACUGCAUCAUAAAUCAGUCAAUUUGUUUUUCAUAUUAUAUGAGAAUACAUGUAAAUCAGGUUUUAAGCAUAUUGUUUAUGUAAAUUAAAAUCAUUUUUGGAAAACUUGAAGAGAAGUUGUCUAAA